AAGUUGGUCUCCAUUGCUCCCGUGAUAUACCUAGGUAGAUAGAUGGUAGGGCAGGUAGGUAGGUGCCUUGUUCCCUGCGACCGCCCGGCAGGGUUCCUCUGAGGGCCCCGCGAUGACGACACUGCUGGGGGAUAUCAGAUCUGGGCCCCGCCAGAUAAGAAACUUAGCCCCACCAACUAAGUGCGGGGCAGCAACGACCACACCCAGCACAACAACCGCGUUCUGUAUCAUCAACCGCCAGCAAAAUCAAGCUUUGCUAGGGGCUGGUUCAUAUCCUAUCCCCUACCUCUCGAGUAAAACCGCCAAGAUGUUCAAGAAAGAUCUCUCCCCGACCGCCAAGCAAAAGCUCAAGUCGUCCGUCCAGCGGUCGCUCCGCCAGUCGCUGCUGACGACGUACCCGCUCCUCAACCCGUACAUCGACGAGGUGCUGCCGAAGAAGGCGUCUUUGUCGCAGAUGAAGCUGCCCGACCGCGCCAGCGUCUACGUGCUCGACAACGGCGCCCCGCUCUUCUUCCAGAACGACACGGGCGCCCCGCUGCUGCCCCACCUCAGGCUCGUCCACCGCUUCCCGCAGGCCUUCCCGACCGUCCGCAUCGACCGCGGCGCCAUCCGCUUCGUCCUCAGCGGCGCCACACUCAUGGCCCCCGGGCUGACCAGCGCGGGCGGCAGGCUGCCGCGGCCGAGGGAGGGCGGCGGCGGGGACGGGGGUGAGGGCGAGGGUGAGGGCGAGGGCGUCGACGAGGAUGGCCACUGGAGUAGGGAGCUGGAAAAGGGAGAGCCCGUGGUGAUUAUGGCGGAGGGGAAGGAGGAGGCUUGCGCCGUCGGGCUGUUGGUCGCUGGCACGAAGGACGUCAAGGAGAAGGGGAAGGGCCCUGUGGUGGAGGAGGCGCAUUUCCUUGGCGAUGGGCUUUGGAGGUUGACUACGGAUUAAAGUGAAGGAGAUUGGAGGGUUGGAUUCGAAGAAGUUUCCUCGCCUCGGGGGUUUUGGCAAAACUGGGUUAGGGAUGGCUGGGAUCUGAUCGUCGCUCAGAGGAGAUCGAUGGCAAGGGAAACAUAUCACACCUGCACGACGGACGGAGAAGGAAUUCAAGGGCAUGUGCAUAUUGAGAUGCUAACUGAAUCCGGGGAGCAGUGAAGCUCCGUCGAAGGCCAUCUAAUAACUAAGAGAAACAACCCGGGGUUUCCUGGUAUUUUCUGCACCUCCGUCGCAAGUAUAAUCUAUUGUUAUCCUCCGAACUCUGUCGGCCAUAGCAAGACCUUGGAGGAAUCACUUCCCACCAGCGUCAUAAUUAUUGACCCUCGAAUGAGGAGAAAGAAAAUGAAACGA